AUGCUGUCCUCCCCCCAGCCCGCGGCGCGCCUCGAGGCGCAAGGCGCGGUGGUCCCCCCCCUGCAGGAUGCACCGCGCAUUCCGGGCUCGAUGGCCGGGCCCUCGUUCCUUUCCGGCUCCCGCCUUUCCCAUCCAUCCCCGAGGGCCAGGGGACAGCAGCGGCGUGGCGCGGCGACCGUCGAGGCCAACCUUUUCUCGCGCGUGGCGCGCAUCGUCAAGUCUUACGCGGACGCAGUGGUAACGGCGGCCGAGGACCCCGAGAAGCUGCUGGACCAGACGGUGAAGGAGAUGCAGGAGGACCUGAUCAAGAUGAAGCAGACGUCGGCGUCCGUGAUCGCGUCUCAGAAGUCGAUCCAGGCCAAAUACGAGCAGGCGCAGUCCGCCGCGGACGACUGGUAUCGGCGGGCGGACCUGGCGCUUGAAAAAGGGGAUGAAGAAUUGGCCCGGGAGGCGCUCAAGAGGAAGCGCAGCUAUCAAGAGAGCGCGGACGGGCUCAAGAAGCAGCUGGCCUACCAGGCGGACGCGGUGCAGACGCUGAUCGCCAACACGCGCAAGCUGGAGAGCAAGCUGGCGGAGUCUAAGUCGAAGAAGGACACCCUCAAGGCACGGGCGCAGUCGGCCAAGGCGUCCAAGGCUGUGAAUGAGAUGGUGGGGUCGCUGUCCACCAGCACGUCGGCCGCGGCGUUCGAUAGGAUGGAGGAAAGGGUGCUGCAGAUGGAGGCUGAGAGCGAGGCCACGCAGCAGCUAGUGAUUGGGGAUGAGUUGGAGGGGAAGUUUGUGGAGCUGGAGGGAGGGUCCGUGGAGGACGAACUGAGGGCGCUGAAGGACAAGAAGCUGCCGGGCGGCACGGUGAGGGCGCAGCUGCCGGAGGGCCGACCGGUGAAGGACGCUCUGGACGCGGAGCUGGACGAGCUCAGGCGGAAGGCGCGGGAUUGA